AUGGACUCGUGGCCUCUGAUACCAAGUACUAUAGCCGCUGGUACAUGCAUAGGAGCUUUCCUGCUCUCCAAGUACUGGAACACGACACCUGACAAUAUUGGCGCUUACAGUCGUCAUGAACAAGCAGUGGAAAUUAAGGGAAAGCCGGGAGUUUAUAAAUCAGCUCUUCUCCAAGAUAAGGACGUUGAUUUUGUCGAAAACUAUUAUCCGGAAGUCCAAACACUAUAUGAUGUUUUCACACGAGGUGUCAAGGAAAGUAACAAUGGACCAUGCUUAGGGACACGUGAUACAAACGGGUCCUACAAUUAUAUUUCUUACAAGGAUGUUGAGUCUAAAGCCGAUGCUUUAUCUGCUACAUUUGUAACCAAGUGUGGACUUGAACACGGAAACGCUUAUAUUGGAGUUUACUCGAGGAAUAGACCGGAAUGGUUUAUCUCCGCGUUAGCUUGCAUUCACCAGUCAUUGGUGGUUGUCCCUCUUUAUGACACUUUGGGAGCUGAUUCUGCAGCAUUUAUAAUUAACCAGACAGAAAUGAAAGUUCUAAUUGUGGAAAACGCGAAAAAAGUUCGCGAGCUGUUAAGUCGUAAAGCUGAGCUUCCAACUUUGAAAACCAUUAUCGUCAUAGAUUCCAAGGAGGAUGACGUUAAGAGCUAUGAAGUCGUUACUUCAGCUGAUAGCAGUUUAACGGUCAUGACAUUCGAAGAAGCACUUGCGUAUGGAGCUGAACGUCCUCAGAAAUAUCAUUUACCUUCCAAGCAUGAUACAUAUAUCAUUUGUUAUACAUCUGGUACGACUGGAACACCUAAGGGAGUCAUGUUAAGCCAUUACAACAUGGUAGCGAACUUGGCUGGCUGGUCAGUGCUUCUAGAGAACUUUCAUCCUCAGCUGUUGCGUAGUGAUCAAAUUCAUAUAUCUUAUCUUCCGUUAUCUCAUAUGAUGGAACAGAUGACACAUUGGAGUAUGUUAGUAGUAGGAGCACGUAUUGGUUACAUAAGCAAAAGUAUUAUGGAACUGAUGGAUGAUGUUGCUGCUUUGAAGCCCACUGUUUUCACUGUCGUUCCACGACUGAUGAACAGAAUAUGCAGUGGAAUCAGGACAAAAGUCGAUGAGUCCGGAUGGCUCAGCCGGUUGGUAUAUCGUCUUGCUUACUCCAGAAAGUUAGCUUUGUUACAACAUGGUGUGAUAACAAGGGAAAGUGUUUGGGAUAGAGUAGUUUUUAAUAAAAUACAGCAAAAGUUGGGAGGUCAAAUACAUAGCAUGGCUACGGGAUCUGCCCCUGUAUCUCCUGAAAUUUUGGAGAUGUGUAGAGUAGUUUUCGGAGCUGCUAUAGUAGAAGGUUAUGGCCAAACAGAGUGUACUGUUUUGGUUACAUGCACGUGGCCAGGUGACUGGGAGGGUGGACACUGUGGAGCCCCAAUAGCUAGUGCCACUGUUAAAUUAGCCGAUGUUCCUGAGUUGAAUUAUUUCGCCAAAGAAGGAACAGGAGAAUUACUUGUCAAGGGACCAACUGUUACCAAAGGCUAUUUCAAAGAUCCUGAAAAAACAGCUGAAUUAAUAGACGAAGAGGGCUUCUUGCAUACAGGAGAUGUAGCCAGAAUAUUACCAAAUGGUUGUAUCAAAAUCAUAGAUAGAAAAAAACAUAUUUUCAAACUAGCUCAGGGAGAGUACGUGGCUCCAGAAAAAAUUGAGAACGUUUACAUGCAAUGUCCAGUUGUUCAACAAAUUUUCGUAGACGGAAGCAGUUUAGAAAGAUGGCUUAUAGCUGUAGUUGUACCCGAUGCUGAAACAUUGAAGAAUUGGAAUGAAGAACACGGAGUGAAAGGAAGAGACAUGGAAGAAAUCUGUUCUGAUCCUAAGGCUGAAGAGUUCGUGUUAUCUCUUCUGAUUGCUCGUGGUAAGGAGAUGAAAUUAAACUCAUUGGAACAGGUCAAAAAAAUAUAUUUAACUACCGAAGCAUUCACAGUGGAAAACGAUUUAUUAACGCCAACUCUAAAAGCUAAAAGACCUCAGCUUCGGCAGAAGUAUCAAGAAGUAAUGGAUAAGAUUUAUAAAGACAAUUCCGCGUUGUAA